GCACCCACGACCAACGACGACCGCGACAACUCACCGAAAAAUGCGGUUCUCGAUCCUCACCACCGCAAUUGCAGUCGGCGCUUCGGCUCUCUUCUCAAUUGCCUCGGCCUCCGACGCUCACAUCGCUAAAUUCGAUGCACUGGCCGCCAAGCACAAGGGGCUGAUCGAUCUGGAUGACCAAUUGUAUAACGAGAUCACGAGCGGGCCAAGAAGUUACAGUGUCGCUGUUCUUUUGACUGCUACCGCUCCGCAGUUCAGCUGUAACAUGUGUCGUGAGAUCGAUCCCGAAUACGCACUCGUCGCGUCUUCAUUGCAAAAGGCGAACAAGGGCAAGAAGUUUUUUGACCCAUCAGAAAAAGUCUACCUCACCCGUCUGGAUUUCUUAAACGGCAAGAGCAUCUUCCAGCGUCUGCAGCUCACCACCGCACCCAACAUCUACAUCUUCCACCCCACAACGGGAGACCUUGCCAAGACCAACCCAGAUGAGCCCACCGUUCACGACAUGCUCCAUGCUGGCCCAACCGCAGAUGCAAUCGUCCGCUUCCUCUCCUCCACUCUGAAGCGCUCCCCAAUUACCCUCGUCCGCCCCCUCAACUACGCAAAGAUCGUCACUACAGUCUUCGCCCUCCUCGCAACCCUCACCGCGCUCAAGCUCUCCUACCGCUACCUCAUCCCCAUCAUCCAAUCCAAGAGACUCUGGACCGGAAUCACGCUCUUCCUCGUCCUCCUCUUCGUCUCGGGGCACAUGUUUAACCAGAUCCGCAAGACGCCAUACGUGGUCCCUGACGGAAACGGCGGCGUCUCCUACAUCGCCGGUGGUUUCCAGAACCAGUUCGGGAUGGAGACCCAGAUUGUCAUGGUCGUCUACGGAGUUCUCGCAUUCUCGACUGUUGCGCUCGCGAUUCAAGCUCCGAGGAUGUUGGCGCCGCAGAGACAGAGCGUGGCUAUCUGGGUUUGGACCGGUGUUAUCCUUCUGAUGUUCAGUUUCUUGAUGCACGUGUUCAAGAUCAAGAACGGAGGAUAUCCCUUCAAGUUGUUGCUUUAGACAGAAGCUGAACAAGGAC